GUUUUCCUGAAGGAAGCUCUUGAGCAGAAGCUGGAGAAGGAUCGGGAAGAGGAGUUGAGGAAAGCAGCUAUAGUCAUCCGGGCCCACGUCUUGGGCUACAUGGCAAGGAAGAAGUAUCAAAAGGUGCUAGCCAGUGUUGUUAUAAUCCAAAAGAACUACCGAGCAUACUUCUGGAAGAAGAACCUGCUGCGACUGAAGGCCUCUGCAGUCACCCUGCAGAAGCACUGGCGUGGACGCCUGGCUCGCAGCCUCUACCAGCACCUGCUGCAGCAGGAGCUCAGGCGGAAGCAGGAAGUGGAGGAGAGGAGGAGGCAAGAAGAGGAAGAACAGAUCAGAAGAGAGGAAGAGGAAAGACAAUGGCAAGAAGAGGAGGAGCGUAGGAGGAAACAGGAAGAGGAAGAGGUGAAAGAAAGGUACAAGAUGGAGUUAAGAGCCAACCAGGAAGAAGGCCUGGAGGCUAAGUUGAGUAUUAAUAUUCCCCUGCAAGAAGAAGAGAGACGUCAGAUGGAGGAGAUCUUAAGACUGGAGAAGGAGAUUGAGAAGUUGCAGCAACAGAAAGAGGAUCACAUGUCUAUCAUCUGUGAAAACACCAGGAAUGAAAUCAAUCGACAGCGAGAAGAAGAGAUCCAGAGGCUGGAAAAGGAGGCAUCUAGGGUUGCACAGGAGUUCUUGGAGCUGCUGGAUUUUGGCAAUUUGGAUGAAAGUGUGCAGAACUUGGAGCGCUCACUUUCCAGUGAGGGGACACUCAACAUUGACUGCAGUCUGGUGGCACCGCUAGCUGAAGAAGAAGUGGAUGAGGGUUUUCAUGCCGAUGACGAAGGACGGCCAACUUCCAGUUUGAUGGUCUUGAAUCGGCACAGCACAAGAAACAGCGAUAACUACUCCGAGGAGGGUGUGGACACAAGCCUUUCAUGUCUCCAAAGGGAAGUGCGAGAGGUUGUCUCUGCUCCAGAGAGAACCCCUAGCCCCAAGGAGCAGAGAGCCCUAUCUGACCCAGCAGAAAGCAUUUACAGCACUGCCUCAGAUACGCAGAGGAGUAACAGCAGAGAGAUGGGAGAGACAAUUUACACUUCCCCCCCGGAUGUGGAGUCUGACUAUGACCAUGAGGAGUUUGAUGGUUGUGGAGAUGCCGGUAGCGCCUCAGCUGAGCCUCUGAACGGUGAGGAAGGUCUGAGACACUCCCAUGGUACCAGCCUGGACUCCAACCGUGGCAGCCUGGACUCGUUUCUGGACAGUGAAGAAGAAGUGGAUGUUUACAUUGAUACAGAUGAAGAGUUUUGUAAUGGACGAGUCACUAUCUUCAAUGGCUCAGGACCACCCUAUUUUCACAGCUAUCUCUACAUGAAGGGAGGUCUCAUGAACCCAUGGAGGCGGCGCUGGUGUGUUCUGAAGAACGAGGCCUUCAUGUGGUUCCGCACCAAGCAAGAGGCACUGAAGUCAGGCUGGCUCUAUAAAAAAGGUGGAGGCAUGUCAACACUUUCACGCCGCAACUGGAAACGCCGUUGGUUUGUGCUUCGAGAAUCCAAACUGAUGUACUUUGAGAAUGAUAGCGAGGAAAAGUUGAAGGGGACAAUUGAUAUCAGAAGGGCAAAGGAGAUUGUGGACAUUCAUGAAAAGGAGAAUGCCUUGGACGUUGUGACAGAAGACAGAAUUUAUCACAUUGUUGCAGAGUCACCAGAAGAUGCAAGCGGUUGGUUUAAUGUCCUGAGCCGAGUACACAGCGCUACAGUGCAGCAGCUGAGGGAAAUGCAAGAUGAACAGGCCAAUCCAAAGAAUGCUGUGGGAACCCUGGAUGUUGGCCUUAUUGACUCUGUCUGUGCCUCAGACAAUCCUGAUAGACCAAAUUCUUUUGUGAUCAUCACAGCAAAUAGAGUGAUACACUGCAACAGUGACACCCCUGAGGAGAUGCAUCACUGGAUCUCCCUGCUGCAGAAACCAAAAGGCGAAUCUAAGGUUGAUGGCCAGGAAUUCCUUGUAAGAGGCUGGCUUCAUAAAGAGGUUCAGAGCAGCAACAAGAUGUCCUCUCUGAAGAUGAAGAAACGCUGGUUUGUUCUGACAAACACUGCCCUCGAUUACUAUAAGUCAUCUGAGCGCACAGCUGCCAAGCUUGGCACGCUUGUGCUCAAUAGCCUCUGCUCUGUAGUGCAGCCUGAUGAGAGGGUCUUCAAAGACACAGGCUAUUGGAACAUCAUUGUCCAUGGGCGAAAGCACUCGUACAGACUGUACACAAAGCUGCUGAAUGAAGCUAUGCGCUGGGCCUCUGCCAUUCAAGGUGUCAUUGACAGCAAAGUUCCCAUAGAAACACCUACACAGCAACUCAUUCGUGACAUCAGGGAAAACAGCACGAACUUUGAAGUAGUGGAACAGACAUAUAGGAGGAACCCAAUCUUGCGAUAUACCCAGCACCCUUUGCAUUCCCCAUUGCUCCCACUACCGUAUGGAGAUGUUAGUGUCAACUUGCAACAAGAGAAGGGUUACAGCAGCUUACAGGAUGAAGCAGUGAAGAUCUUCAACUCCCUUCAGGAAAUCGAGACAGUGUCUGACCCCAUACCCAUUAUCCAAGGCAUUCUGCAGACCUGCCAUGAUUUAAAGCCCCUUCGUGAUGAAGUGUACUGUCAGCUCAUCAAACAAACUAAUCACAUGCCGCAUCCCAACAGUACUGGGAACCUGCACCACUGGCAGCUGAUGUCAUGCAUGAGCUGCACUUUUCUGCCCAGUAGAGGGAUCCUGCGUUACCUCAAGUUCCACCUUAGAAGGGUAAAAGAUCUCUUUCCAGGCUCAGAAAUAGACAGGUAUGCACAAUUCAUAAGUGAUUCCCUGAAGAGAACAAAGACAAGGGAGUUUGUGCCCUCCCAGGAGGAAAUACAGGCUCUUCUCACCCGGGAAGAAAUGACCACAACAGUGUACUGCCAUGGUGGUGGCUCCUGUAAAAUAACCAUCAAUUCCCACACAAGCGCUGGGGAGGUGGUUGAAAAGCUGAUCCGAGGUUUAGCAAUGGAAGACAGCCGUAAUAUGUUUGCGCUCUUUGAACAUAAUCAGCAGGUGGACCGUGCUGUUGAGAGUCGGGUGAUUGUGGCUGAUAUUCUGGCCAAGUUUGAGAGACUUGCUGGCUCUGAAGAAGAAGAAGAAGAAGGACAGUGGCAGCUGUAUUUUAAGCUUUAUUGCUUCUUGGAUAUUGAGAAUGUUCCCAAAGAUGGGGUGGAGUUUGCCUUCAUGUUUGAGCAGGCUCACGAAAGCCUCAUAGAUGGUCAUUUUCCUGCACCAGAGGACACUCUGCAGCGCCUAGCAGCUCUACGGCUGCAGUACCUUCAUGGAGAUUAUUCUAAAAUAAGUUGGACCCUGGAUGGAAUUUACCCAGUUAAUAGACUGAAAUCCAAAAUACUGCACUCAACAAAGAGCAGCGGCACUACCAGUCACACCCUGGAGAGGAGACGGACCAGCUUCCUUGAAGGGACGUUGAAACGUAGCUUCAAGACGGGCUCUGUAAAGAAGCAGAAGGUAGAAGAGGAGCAGAUGAUGGAGAUGUGGGUAAAGGAAGAGCUUUCAGCAGCUCGAGCAAGCAUAGCGCAGAAAUGGACCAAGCUGCAGGGACUCUCUCAGCAUCAGGCCAUGGUCAAAUACAUGUCCAUUGUAAAGGAGUGGCCGGGUUAUGGGUCAACCCUCUUCGAUGUUGAGUGCAAGGAGGGUGGAUUUCCAAAUGAUCUUUGGCUUGGAGUCAGCACAGAGAAUGUGUCUGUCUACAAACGAGGGGAUCCUAAACCACUAGAAACUUUCCAGUAUGAGCACAUUGUUUUCUUCGGAGCACCACAGCCUAACACCUUCAAAAUUACAGUGGAUGAGAGAGAAAUGUUCUUUGAAACAUCCCAGGUGGGCGAGAUAAUAAAGAUCAUGAAAGCAUACAUCAACAUGAUUGUGAAGAAACGCUGCAGUGUCAAGUCAGCCGCCAGCGUGGACAGUCGUGCUAGCAUCUGGACGAGGUGAUAUGAAUGAACUGCCACGAGAGAGAGGCAGUUGUUUAAUGAUUGGUGUUUGCAACUUGCCAGCACAAGUGUAGCAAAGAUGUUUUUUAAGAACUCGACUGACUACUGUAUUUAAAAACUGAAGUGACAUCUGCAGUACCAUAGGAUUUGCACCUCUGCCCAAAGACAUUAAACCGCAGCAACUGUUGUUAAAUAUGGCCCAAAACUUGUUUUCCCCCUUGCUUGUUUAACAAACAGUGUACCUUAAAGAAGCAACAUCGGAAGCA